AUGUUAUUCUCUCCUCAUCGGCCAGUAGGGCUUAAAUUGCUGCGUUUUGCUCUGCCCGCAAGCUUCUGUUUCUUUUACUUCUUCCUAAGCCGAACCUGGAUUCUUAAUAACGCAUAUACGUCUGUCAAAACAUCUUUCACUUCGAGGGCGGCGCCAGCAGCGGCGAUUCCAGAGAUUCCAGAGAUGUUAUGGUAUAAACUCGGUCCAAAUGGUCUAAACAGCGAACUCCAAGGAUAUGUCGAUACUUGUCUCGGCAGAAACCCGACGUUCCAAUACGAGUUCAUGACUGAUCUCUCCGGCGAUGCCUUUGUCAAAGAACAUUUCGCUUCUCGUCCCGAUAUCCUCGAAAACUUCCUGGCCCUUCGCAUCCCUAUUGUCAAAGCUGAUAUCCUCCGCUACCUUAUCCUCUACGAAAAUGGCGGAAUUUGGAACGAUCUAGACAUCUCAUGCGAAGAUGUGCCGAUCGGCGAAUGGAUACCAGCGCAGUAUAAAGAGAACACAGGUCUCGUGGUUGGACUUGAAUUUGACGUGGAUAUAUGGGUACGCCAGUUUGCCAGUUGGACAAUUAUGGCAAAGCCCAAGUCGCCGCAUAUGUUGAUGGUGGUCGAGGACUGCAUAGAGGCGGUGCUUGAGAAGACGCGGGAGCAUAACGUUGGCGUGGCAGACCUGACAAUCGAUAUGAUUGGUGAUGUGGUGGACUUUUCAGGUCCACGGAGAUUAACAAAAGCUGUUUUGAAGAGUUUAAGCUUGUCUCUUAAUAGCAAGAUCGAAGGCGGGAAUAUAUCUAAUGUCACAGAACCACGACUCAUCGGCGACGUCUUGGUAUUGCCCGACUACUCGUUUGCGAAUUCGAUGAAUGAGCAGUAUGGGGAUAGUGGCAAAGGCCAGAUACUUGUCACUCAUCAUUAUGCGGGUUCGUGGAAGAAUGCUCUUGGUGGUGAGAUAUUGCGCAACGGGUCGAACUCAGAAUGA